AGCCCGGGAGGUCUGAGCCGGGCUGGGCUCCCUCCCCGCGCAUCGCCUCGUCGGCCGCCGCGUAGUCGCGGGCAGGUGGGCCGGGGGCGCUGGGCAGGGCCAGGGCGGGCGGGUCCGCAGCCGGCGGGGCCGGAGGCCGAUAGGCUGCCCACCUCCCGGGUCUCGGAGCGGCCGGGGCUGCCCAGCCCGCCGAGUUCGCGAUGACCUGCUGAGAAGCGUCGUCGGAGGCUGCGGGAGGCGGCCUAGCGGUGGGCGGUGCGGCUCCGGCCUCCUCCCUCGGCGGGCCCAGCCCCGGCCCCCACCCGGCCCGCGCCCCCUCCCAGCCGCCGGCCGAGAUGGCGGAUCCAGCGGAAUGCAGCAUCAAAGUGAUGUGCCGGUUCCGGCCCCUCAACGAAGCGGAGAUCCUCCGCGGGGACAAAUUCAUCCCCAAAUUUAAAGGCGAUGAGACCGUGGUGAUCGGGCAAGGGAAGCCAUAUGUCUUCGACAGAGUGCUACCUCCCAACACAACCCAAGAGCAGGUUUACAAUGCGUGUGCGAAGCAAAUUGUCAAAGAUGUCCUUGAAGGUUAUAAUGGGACAAUUUUUGCGUAUGGACAGACUUCAUCAGGAAAAACCCACACCAUGGAGGGGAAGCUGCACGACCCUCAGCUCAUGGGCAUCAUUCCCAGGAUCGCCCAUGAUAUCUUUGACCAUAUCUACUCCAUGGAUGAGAACCUGGAGUUUCACAUCAAGGUUUCCUAUUUUGAGAUCUACUUGGACAAAAUAAGGGACUUACUCGAUGUAUCCAAGACCAAUCUGGCUGUUCACGAAGAUAAAAACAGAGUCCCAUAUGUAAAGGGCUGCACCGAGCGGUUUGUGUCGAGCCCUGAGGAGGUCAUGGACGUGAUAGAUGAAGGCAAAGCAAACCGACACGUGGCUGUAACAAACAUGAAUGAACACAGCUCUAGAAGUCACAGUAUCUUCCUGAUUAAUAUUAAACAAGAGAAUGUAGAGACUGAAAAAAAACUCAGUGGGAAGCUUUAUUUGGUUGAUUUGGCUGGGAGCGAAAAGGUCAGCAAAACUGGUGCCGAGGGAGCUGUUCUCGACGAAGCUAAAAAUAUCAAUAAGUCUUUGUCUGCUCUUGGAAAUGUGAUCUCUGCCUUGGCAGAAGGGACAAAAACACAUGUUCCAUACCGGGACAGCAAGAUGACUCGGAUUCUCCAGGACUCUCUGGGCGGGAACUGCAGAACCACCAUUGUCAUUUGCUGUUCUCCUUCUGUCUUCAAUGAGGCUGAGACCAAGUCCACGCUGAUGUUUGGACAGAGAGCUAAGACCAUCAAGAAUACAGUCUCUGUGAACCUGGAACUGACGGCAGAAGAAUGGAAAAAGAAAUAUGAAAAAGAGAAAGAGAAAAAUAAAACAUUGAAGAAUGUUAUCCAGCAUCUGGAGAUGGAGCUGAACAGGUGGAGGAACGGAGAAGCUGUCCCCGAGGAUGAACAGAUCAGUGCUAAGGACCAGAAGAACCUGGAGCCCUGCGACAACACCCCCAUCAUAGACAACAUCGCUCCUGUGGUUGCCGGUAUCUCCACGGAGGAGAAGGAGAAGUACGACGAGGAGAUCUCCAGUCUCUACAGACAACUGGAUGAUAAGGAUGAUGAAAUUAACCAGCAGAGCCAGCUGGCUGAAAAGCUAAAGCAACAGAUGUUGGAUCAGGAUGAGCUUUUAGCUUCCACGAGAAGAGACUAUGAGAAGAUACAGGAGGAGCUGACACGUCUCCAGAUUGAAAAUGAGGCAGCCAAAGAUGAGGUGAAGGAAGUUCUCCAGGCCCUGGAGGAGCUGGCUGUCAAUUAUGACCAGAAGUCACAGGAAGUGGAGGACAAGACCAGAGCCAAUGAGCAGCUGACAGAUGAGCUGGCCCAGAAAACGACCACAUUGACAACCACACAGAGAGAGCUGAGCCAGCUACAAGAGCUUAGCAACCACCAGAAAAAGAGGGCUACUGAGAUUCUGAAUUUGCUGUUGAAGGAUCUGGGGGAGAUAGGUGGGAUUAUCGGCACCAAUGAUGUGAAGACGUUGGCAGAUGUGAAUGGGGUCAUCGAGGAGGAGUUCACCAUGGCCCGCCUGUACAUCAGCAAGAUGAAGUCAGAGGUCAAAUCCCUGGUGAACCGCAGCAAGCAGCUGGAGAGCGCCCAGAUGGACUCCAACAGGAAGAUGAACGCCAGCGAGCGGGAGCUGGCCGCCUGCCAGCUGCUCAUCUCCCAGCACGAAGCCAAGAUCAAGUCUCUGACGGACUACAUGCAGAACAUGGAGCAGAAGAGGAGGCAGCUGGAAGAGUCCCAGGACUCGCUCAGUGAAGAGCUGGCCAAGCUCCGGGCCCAAGAAAAAAUGCAUGAAGUCAGCUUCCAGGACAAGGAGAAGGAACAUCUGACGCGGCUGCAGGACGCUGAGGAAAUGAAGAAGGCGCUGGAGCAGCAGAUGGAGAGCCACCGGGAAGCUCACCAGAAGCAGCUGUCCAGACUUCGAGAUGAAAUUGAGGAGAAGCAGAAAAUCAUUGAUGAGAUUCGGGAUUUGAAUCAGAAACUGCAACUGGAACAGGAGAAGCUCAGUUCUGAUUAUAACAAGCUGAAAAUAGAGGACCAAGAGAGAGAAAUGAAACUGGAAAAGCUCCUAUUGCUCAAUGACAAAAGGGAACAGGCCCGGGAGGACCUCAAAGGGCUGGAGGAGACAGUGUCUCGAGAACUGCAGACGCUUCACAACCUCCGUAAACUCUUCGUCCAGGAUCUGACCACCCGAGUUAAAAAAAGUGUAGAGUUGGACAGUGACGAUGGAGGGGGCAGUGCCGCCCAGAAGCAGAAAAUUUCCUUCCUGGAGAAUAACCUGGAGCAGCUCACUAAGGUCCACAAGCAGCUGGUCCGGGACAACGCGGACCUGCGCUGCGAGCUGCCCAAGCUGGAGAAGCGGCUGCGCGCCACGGCCGAGCGCGUGAAGGCGCUGGAGAGUGCGCUGAAGGAGGCCAAGGAGAACGCCAUGCGCGACCGCAAGCGCUACCAGCAGGAGGUGGACCGCAUCAAGGAAGCCGUGCGAGCCAAGAACAUGGCCAGGAGGGCCCAUUCGGCCCAGAUCGCCAAGCCCAUCCGCCCUGGACACUACCCGGCAUCAUCUCCAACGGCUGUCCAUGCCAUCAGAGGGGGAGGAGGUGGCUCUUCAAACUCCGCUCACUACCAGAAAUAAAUACAAAGUGAGUC